AGCUUCUCUGCAGGUUUAGACAAAGCAAGUUUGUCAAGAAGAAGUUUUGCAUCCCAACAAAAGUGAGCACAGCAGUUCCUCCUCUGAGCUGCAUGCUAGUGUAAUGCAAACUCUUGUAAAGAAGAAGACUCAGAUAAGAGAAGAGAGCCACAUAAACUCUGAAGUUCUGGAGAGGUUCUGGGGAAGAAGUUCUGAAAGUCAAUCCCAAAAGUGGAGUGCAGCUUGGAUUCUUCAGAGUGGAUUGCACAUUUUCCAGAGAAACGUUUUCUGCUGGAUUCUUAAAGCUUGGAAUAGCCAUGCUUGAAUUUGGUUCCUUCAAAGUGGGUUUAAAAGUCUUUGUCUUCUUCACCGCAUUUCUUCUGGUCUGUAAUGGUCAAGAUGAGACUGGACCUAAUAGAAGACCCUCCUGCUAUGGUGGCUUUGACCUGUACUUCGUAUUAGACAAGUCUGGAAGCGUCCUUCACCACUGGCAUGAGAUCUAUUUCUUUGUAGAACAACUGACAGAAAGGUUUAUCAGCCCACAACUCAGAAUGUCCUUCAUUGUCUUUUCCACGAGAGGGUCAAUCCUAAUGCGUCUGACUGAUGACAGAGACCAAAUCAAGCUAGGCUUGUCAGAGCUCGAUAAAGUUACUCCAGGUGGAGAUACCUACAUGCAUGAGGGAAUUGAGAGGGCCAGUGAACAAAUCUAUCAUGAGAAUCACAAAGGUUUCAGGACAGCGAGUGUCAUCAUUGCCCUGACCGAUGGGGAACUGCACGAGGACCUGCUUUAUUACGCAGAGCGAGAGGCUAACAGGUCUCGUGACUUGGGAGCUCAAGUUUAUUGUGUAGGAGUGAAAGACUUCAAUGAGACACAGCUGGCACGAAUAGCUGACAGCAGAGACCAUGUCUUCCCUGUAAAUGGGGGCUUUGAAGCACUUCAUGAUAUCAUAGGCUCAAUUCUGAAGAUGUCAUGUAUUGAAAUUUUAGCUGUAGAGCCAUCCAGUAUUUGUGCUGGGGAGUCCUUUCAAGUGGUUGUAAGGGGGAAUGGAUUCAGAUACGCACGGAAUGUGGACCGGGUCCUUUGCAGCUUCAGGAUCAAUGACACAAACUCUCUCAAUGAGAAGCCGUUGGUUGUGGAGGACACAUAUUUACUUUGUCCAGCCCCAGUUCUAGAAGAAGCUGGCAUGUUUGCAGCUCUUCAAGUCAGCAUGAAUGAUGGUAUAAGUUUUAUUUCAAGCUCUGUCAUCAUCACCAGUACACAUUGUUCUGACGGGACGAUAUUGGCGAUCAUUCUGCUGAUCCUGUUUCUUCUGCUGGUCCUGGCUCUGAUGUGGUGGUUCUGGCCCCUGUGUUGUACCGUGAUAAUAAAAGCGCCUCCCCCACCACCAGAAGAGGACAGUGAGGAUGAAGAUGAAGACGGUCUUCCCAAAAAGAAAUGGCCCACAGUAGAUGCUUCGUAUUAUGGUGGAAGAGGAGUGGGAGGAAUUAAGAGAAUGGAGGUUCGCUGGGGGGAGAGGGGGUCCACAGAAGAAGGCGCUAAACUGGAGAAAGCCAAGAAUGCCAGGGUGAAGAUGCCAGAACAGGAAUAUGAGUUUCCAUCACCAAAAAUUCUCAACACCAGCUAUGGCAAGCCAAAUAUGUCCAGAAAAUGGUACUCCCCAAUCAAGGGUAAGCUGGAUGCUUUAUGGGUCCUUCUGAGGAAAGGUUACAACCGGGUAUCCAUCAUGAGGCCUCUGCCAGGAGAUAAGGGGAGAUGCAUCAAUUUUACAAGAGAAAAGAAGCCAAUGCCACCAAGAUAUCCAUUAAACAAUGCUCCUCUUUUGACACCACCAUCCAGUCCAAUCUAUACUCCACCCCAGAGUCCAAUAUAUACCCCUCCUCCUCCAGCAACUCCACCUCCUCCACCAAGUAACUAUCCACCUCCAACACCUUCCCCAACCAAUUCACUUCCUCCACCACCCUUAGCCUCACCUCCAAUGAGAGCUCCACCACCCAACAGACCACCACCACGUCCUUCAGUUUAGAAUUCUGUGUACAAAGUUCCAUCUCCAGUUUGGCUGGAGAUGCAUUUUGAGAAGUUCUUCUUUCUUGGAUGGAUGUGAAGUUCAACAAUUGGACAGAACAGCUAUUGACCAAAACCACUGUUUUAACCACUUUUGCUAGAACUAAGUGAAAUUUCCUUGUGGAUUUAUAUACUUUCGGAAGAUUCUGCAAGUUACUGGAUACCAUCUCAACACAUCUGGUUAUAUAUGAAACAACUCUUAUGACUGCUUUAACCAUGAAGCUGGAUAGAAUUAUACAGAGAAUAUGAAUUAUAUAUUCUUCCACAAAUGCCAAGAGAAGCAUAUUGAGUUAUUUUAAAUCAGUUAUUGAUGACAAGCAAAACGAACACUAGUGUCAUCUUUGGUGGUCAUCCGCUAAAUAGUUAGUUUCACUUUAAAUGUUGCUUCCAUUCUUUUUUAUAAUACAGUAUUAGAAAGUUAAUCACCAUUAUGACAAGGAACAAGGUCAAAGAGAGCAUGAACAGAGAAGCAAACUAAUUAGCUUGUGAAAUUCCUAGAAGAAUCUUAUUGACCACGUGGCCUUAUCAUCUUUCAAAGAUUAAAUGGACAACCUUUUUUGAAGAACACAUUAGGUUGAUGGAUGAUCACUAGAUCUGAUGAAACAUUAGUUUUUCCAUUUCUAUCCAGGUUCUUUUAUUUGAUGUUUUACAUUAUGUUUUGCACACCUAGGCAAAAAAAAUUGAAAGAAAGAACAACUUUUGAUGCCUAUGGCUGACUUGAGGAAAUAGAGAUUUUUUCUCAAAUUAAUUACAUCUGAAUCUCAUGGAUAUAUAAAGAACAAAAUGUUGACUACAAUGAAGAUUGAAACUCUGGCAAACAAAUAGGAAUUGUUCCCUCUGUAUAUGCCUUCAGAGAGACAGUUGAUUAAGAGGGACAAAUAAAAUAAUGACAUAUAUAAUCUCCACAGAAGGGGAUUCCAUUAUAUGUAAGACUUUUGAAUAGUAGAAGGCUGGACCUUUGCAAAAAAAACUGCCAUGGCAGAUUCUAUAACAGAUAAAAUAUGAGCUUCGCAAUGCGUUGCUGGACCCUCUGUCAAAGAGGAAACUUGGGAUAGUUUAUAGCAUGUAUACACUUGCAUUGUCUUUUUAAGUAGCUAUUAUGUAGAUUAAAUCACUUAUUGUAGUAUAUUAUUUGGGGCACUGGGGCAUUGCUUAAAGGGAGGUUAGUUCAUGUUUAUGAUGUGUCUCUUCUGUGGAUAACUUUGUUGCCACUAUUGCACUUUUGCUGUUAUCGUGACAAUAUAAGUAUUGCUAUAUAAGGAGAUUGUCCAGGUGCUUUUGAAGGUUAGGGGAGGAUUCAGUGUUCUGCAGCAUCUGGCUCAUUGACUUUCAUUGAAAAUCAACUUUGUGGUUUAUCAGCUUAUCAGUUUUGAAAUGGAUUGGUUGGUACAAAAGGUCGGGCAAUAUAGAUCCUUAUAGACCAUAGGGAGAAUCUAUGCCCAAGAUGCUUCCCUAGCAACCUGUUCAUUUUAUAAGGGUUGAAGAGUGAGCCAGGAAUAGACUUCAAAUAAUGCUCAUCUUUUCCUUGCAGUUUCACACUGAACUUUGGGCCACCAGAUACAGUAAAUACAAAGUGGAAAUAAAAAUAUGUUAAAUGUCAAAGAAUUCUGAUCCUCCCUUUUUUCGAGUAUAAGCAUAUGGGUGACAAGUCUCGGGUAUCUAUGCUAGUUGUUUGUAAAAAUAUGUUUAAUGACAUUUCAUUUCAACAUUGGAUUAGAUUGCAUAGAUUUGGGCUUUAAUGAGCUAAAUAUGAUAUGACAUGGAAUGGUGACCUUUUCAAGAUAGUGGGAGUUUUGGUAUUUUGUAGGAAAAUGUAUUGACCUUGUUUGAACAAGCAAGCACAGUAAAAAGAAGCAGUGUGCAUAAAAGGGGUUAAAGUGAGGAUACUAACAAAUCUAGAAUGGCUUUAUAAUAACUGCCCAUGGGGUUGAAACAACCACAGUGGGAAACCCUGAAAAACUGCCAUUGCCAGUGAAAGUACAACAUGUUGGCACAUUUUAGCCAGUUUACCAUUGUUCCCUGCCUAUACAGCAAAGAUGACACCAUUAUUCAUUGGCUCGCUAUACAUGUUGGUUGAGCAUAUAAUGUUCUAAGGAUAUGACCAUAUGAAAAGACCAAAAUGGAUCCUCUUGUGUAUAGCAAAUUUUAUUGUAUAACACAGAAAUUACUUUUUGUCUUAGCUAUUGUAAAGUGUGUGCAAUAAAGAGUUUGAGUACAUAG